AUAUGACGUCAAAAUACUGCGACUCAUUUGAAUCGCAGGUUUUAAGGAUUUUUGCAAGGCUUUAUUGUUUGGGUAAGGUAUUGUGUUUACAUUACAUAUUUUGGGAGUAAAUUAGCUUCAUAAGCCUAUAUUGAGACUUCUGACUUGUCACACCAGACUACUUUUCUACGGUUAAACCACCACAACAAACAAGGAUACUGAAUUGUGCCAUCUUCACACUUAGCUAGCACUACUAGCAGGCAACCAAAACAUCCAGAGAUGGACAGUGAAGUUCAAAGAGAUGGCAGGGUUCUUGACCUUACAGAUGAUGCUUGGAGGGAAGACCGUCUACCUUAUGAAGAUGUCACUAUCCCAUUGAGCGAACUGCCUGAAGCUGAGCAAGAUAAUGGAGGAUCAACAGAGUCUGUGAAAGAACAAGAAAUGAAGUGGUCAGAUUUGGCUCUACAGAGUCUGCACGAGAAUACACCUAACACUGGGACUUAGACACUCUGUGAAUGGAUACGGUGCCCAAUCCAAUGUACCUGUGGUUGAACUCAUCUGGAAUUUCCUCUUACAAUGGUCAAAAUAAAGUCAUUGUGGUAUUCUCAUUCAUGUAGAAGGACCCCCCCACUCUCAAACUCACAAUUUGUCUCGCAGUUCAAUAACUGAACCUGGAUUGAAGCAUCCUUGGACUAUUUGUUGAUUUUCUUAUUGGCCCGACAGAAAGUCUGAAAACUGAGUAUAUUCAAUGAAGCAAAAAUAAACAUCAACUUUUUUUUCUCUCUA